GUAAAGCAUCUGCAAAUGGUAAAGCAUCUACACGUGGUCUAAUCCAUUUUUCAUAUAUUUCUGGAGUAUCAAUAGAAAGAAAUUUAUCAGAUAUAAGUGCUUUCAUAAAAACCUAUGCUGAACCUAGUUUUAUUGCACGAUAUGUUUCUCGAAACCAUGCUAUAAAUAAUGCUGGAGUAUUGAUCGCAUUUCUUGCAUUAUUAUUAAAUGGAUUAGGAGGA